AUGGGAAGCGUGCGAGCCAGCCGCUAUAGCACCGUGUCAUCAGAGGAGGACAGCAUGAAGCUCGCCACCACCGUCGUGCCCAACGGAAAGGCCAAAGUGAACACGAGGCACCAGCCACCCAGCAGGUUCGUGAAGAAGGACGGCCACUGCAACGUGCAGUUCAUCAACGUGAGCGAGAAGGGACAGCGCUACCUGGCCGACAUCUUCACAACGUGCGUGGACAUCCGCUGGAGAUGGAUGUUUGUCAUCUUCUGCCUCGCCUUCAUCCUCUCCUGGCUGUUCUUCGGCUGCAUCUUCUGGCUGGUGGCCAUCUUUCACGGGGAUUUGGAAGACCACCCCCACAUGUGCAUCUCCAAAGUGAGCAGCUUCACUGCUGCUUUCCUGUACUCCAUCGAGACACAAACCACCAUCGGUUACGGCUACAGAUACGUGACGGAUGAGUGCCCCGUCGCCAUCUUCGUGGUCGUUUUUCAGAGCAUCGUGGGCUGCAUUAUUGACGCCUUCAUCAUCGGCGCCGUCAUGGCCAAAAUGGCAAAGCCAAAGAAAAGAAACGAGACUCUGGUGUUCAGCCAUAAUGCCACAGUGGCUAUGAGGGACAACAAGCUCUGCCUGAUGUGGCGUGUGGGGAAUCUGAGGAAGAGCCACCUGGUGGAGGCGCACGUUCGAGCUCAGCUUCUCCGGUCCAGAAGGACAGCGGAGGGCGAGUACAUCCCCCUCGACCAAACGGACAUAGAUGUGGGCUUUGACAGCGGGGUGGACCGCAUCUUCCUGGUCACCCCAAUCACCAUCGUCCACGAGAUCAACGCGGACAGCCCCUUCUACCACAUGGACAAACAGGACAUGGAGAGCGCCGGGUUUGAGAUUGUGGUCAUCCUGGAGGGUAUGGUGGAAGCCACGGCGAUGACCACGCAGUGCCGCAGCUCCUACAUCGCUAGCGAGAUUCUCUGGGGUCACCGCUUUCAGCCGGUACUCUUUCAGGAGAAGAACUACUACAAGGUGGACUACUCCCGUUUCCACAAGACUUACGAGGUGCCGAGCACUCCUUUGUGCAGCGCCAGGGACCUCGCAGAGAAAAAAUACCUCUCCAACUCCAGCACCUUCUGCUACAAGAACGAGAUGGCGCUAGAGAAGAAGGAGGACUCGGACGAGGGGAACGGGAGCAGCGUUGGCCCCGACGGCACCCAGAUGGACAACGUCUCAGAGAGCGAACACCACCAGGCUUUGGUGCCGCUGGAGUCCCGGCCUCGGAGGCAAGAAUCAGAAAUAUGACUGUUCAGACCUCGUACGUAAAAACCACCGUCUCUUGAUGAGCACAACGAGCCGGGCCUGGAGGAGGAGAACCAACGGUACCGCUGUGGGAAGCUUCAGGACUUUAAACGUAGGAGUCUGUCUGAGGUUUGACCGUCAGAUGAAACAGCACCAACCCUCCAGGAACUCUCCACAAGUCUCAGCGCCUGCGAUGACGAGGCGGGCCGCUCGCUCCGGCAAGAACAAGAUGUUUGUCAAUGUUUCUGUAGGUUUUCUUUUUUUAGUGCUGCUAGAAAACAGAAGGUAAAACACUUGAGCUUCUUUCACUCUGACGCUUUUUCACACGAAACCAAAUAGUAAAGGAAGUCCGAAACAAAGAAGGUACAGAGUAUUUGUUCAUGAGCUGGUUUCAGAGCAAGUACAAGCCGCAGAUUACACUUUCUGUAUGCAAUAAAGAAAUCAGAAGCCUUUCCUUUGACGCGACAGCG